UCAAGCUCUUCAGCUAAUCACCCCGCGGCGCGCGCCCUAAAGUUCUGGGCAAAGUACUGAGAACUGGUACCGGGAUCGCACGCCGGUCAGUGGCAGAGGACCAGGGACCCCCGCGCCAGGAGAGCCGGUGAGCAGCGCGGGCUUCCGCCCACCAUCUGUCGGCGAGUGGCUUUCGGCGCCCCAGUCUCCUGCGGCUGGUGCUGGAACUGCCGUCGGCUGAGCCUUGCAGGGACGGGAGAAGCCGGGUUUGCCUCCUUCCCGGUCUGAAACCUCCACCGGGGUUUCAGAGUCCCCAGCUGCGGAAAGCUCAGGGAUUUCCUCCGAGACAUCCAACAUGGUCUUUAGACACACCAGAUAGGAGCUGACACCUGCCCGCGCGGCCUUCAUCCUCUCAGCUUCACCGUCUUCUCAUGGCAUUUUGUCUGCGCUGAGCCCAAGUGACCAGCUCUUCAUAAUGAGUGACGAGAAGAACCUGGGUGUGUCCCAAAAAUUGGUUUCUCCUUCAAGAAGCACAAGUAGCUGUUCCUCCAAGCAAGGAAGCCGACAGGACAGCUGGGAAGUGGUGGAAGGACUGAGGGGGGAGAUGACGUACACCCAGGAGCCGCCCGUGCAGAAAGGAUUUCUGCUGAAAAAGAGGAAGUGGCCCUUGAAAGGCUGGCACAAGAGAUUCUUCUACCUGGACAAAGGAAUCUUGAAAUAUGCCAAGAGCCAAACUGAUAUUGAGCGAGAGAAGCUGCAUGGCUGCAUUGAUGUGGGCCUUUCAGUGAUGUCUGUGAAGAAGUCGUCCAAGUGUAUCGAUCUUGACACCGAGGAGCACAUCUAUCACCUGAAGGUGAAGUCUGACGAAGUUUUUGACGAGUGGGUAUCCAAGCUCCGCCACCACAGAAUGUACCGGCAGAAUGAGAUUGCCAUGUUUCCCCGGGACGUCAGUCACUUUUUCCCAGGGCCCACGGUCACAGAUUCUGCCCCAGGAGUGUUCGACUCCAUUUCCAGUAGGAAGCGUAGCAGUCUGUCGAAGCAGAACUCAUUUCAAACGGGAAGCAACUUGUCAUUUUCUUGUGGUGGUGACACACGGGUUCCGUUCUGGCUGCAGCCUUCCGAGGACAUGGAAAAAUGCUCCAGAGACCUGGCACACUGCCAUUCGUAUCUGCUUGAAAUGAGCCAGCUCUUACAGAGCAUGGACGUCCUGCAUCGGACAUACUCGGCGCCGGCCAUCAAUGCCAUCCAGGGUGGAGCUUUUGAAAGUCCCAAAAAGGAAAAGCGAUCACACAGGCGGUUGCGGUCCAGGGCUAUUGGCAAAGAUGCUAAAGGAACGCUGCAGGUCCCCCAACCCUUUUCUGGUCCAGUAAGACUACACUCUUCCAAUCCUAAUUUGUCAACAUUGGACCUGGGCGAAGAGAAGUCUUACUCGGAUGGUUCUGAAGCCUCAUCCGAGUUCUCCAAGAUGCAGGAGGACCUGUGCCAUGUCGCCCACAAAGUUUACUUCGCUUUAAGGUCAGCAUUUAAUAGCAUAUCGGCGGAGAGAGAGAAGCUGAAGCAGCUGGAGCUGGACGCCUCCUCCUCGCCCUCCGCUCAGGUCGUCGGGCUGAAGCACGCGCUGUCAUCCGCCCUAGCACAAAACACAGACCUUAAAGAACGCUUACGCAGAAUCCAUGCGGAAAGUAUGCUCCUCGACCCUCCUGCUGUUCCCAAGUCGGGGGACAACCUGGCAGAGGAAAUCUCCGGCGACGAAAGCCGAGCCCUGGUGCAUCAGCUCUCCAACGAAAGCAGGCUGUCCAUCACCGACUCCCUUUCUGAGUUCUUUGAUGCCCAGGAAGUUCUGCUUUCUCCUAGCUCUUCAGAAAACGAGAUUUCUGAUGACGAUUCCUAUGCCAGUGACAUAAGUGACAAUCUGUCCUUGGACAACCUUAGUAAUGAUUUAGACAAUGAAAGACAGACCUUGGGUCCUGUUCUCGAAAGUGGAGGGGAAGCCAGGUCCAAAAGGCGGACCUGCCUGCCAGCGCAGGGCCCCAACACCAGUAGUGUCAGCUUGUGGAGCAUCCUGCGCAACAACAUCGGGAAGGAUCUGUCCAAGGUGGCCAUGCCAGUGGAGCUGAACGAGCCACUGAAUACCCUGCAGCGGCUCUGCGAGGAGCUGGAGUACAGCGAGCUGCUGGACAAGGCUGCGCGCAUGCCCAGUGCCCUGGAGAGGAUGGUAUACGUGGCAGCCUUCGCCAUCUCUGCCUAUGCAUCCAGCUACUUCCGAGCAGGCAGCAAGCCAUUUAACCCGGUCCUUGGAGAAACGUACGAAUGCAUCCGACGGGAUAAGGGCUUCCAGUUUUUUGCCGAGCAGGUCAGCCACCACCCACCGAUCUCUGCCUGCCACGCUGAGUCGAGAAACUUCGUUUUCUGGCAAGAUGUGAGAUGGAAGAACAAAUUCUGGGGGAAAUCCAUGGAAAUUGUCCCAAUUGGCACAACGCACGUGACGCUGCCAGCUUUUGGGGAUCACUUUGAGUGGAACAAAGUGACCUCCUGCAUCCACAACAUCUUGAGCGGACAGCGGUGGAUCGAGCACUACGGUGAAAUUGUCAUCAAGAACCUGACCGAUGACUCCUGCCACUGCAAAGUGAACUUCAUAAAGGCAAAAUACUGGAGCACUAACGCCCAUGAGAUCGAAGGCACGGUGUUCGACCGCCAUGGGAAGCCUGUGCACCGGCUGUUUGGGAAAUGGCAUGAGAGCAUCUACUGUGGUGGCACCUCCUCCUCCACGUGUGUCUGGAGAGCAAAUCCCAUGCCGAAAGGCUAUGAGCAGUAUUACGGCUUCACACAGUUUGCACUGGAGCUAAAUGAGAUGGAACCAUUGUCACGGUCUUUAUUACCACCCACCGACACUCGGUUCAGACCAGACCAAAGGCUUCUAGAAGAAGGGAACAUAGAGGAAGCUGAGGUCCAGAAGCAGAGGAUUGAGCAGCUGCAGAGGGAGAGACGGCGGGUCCUGGAGGAAAACAACUUAGAGCAUCAGCCCCGCUUUUUCAGGAAAUCCAGCGACGACAUGUGGGUGAGCAACGGGACCUACCUGGAACUGAGGAGAGACCUUGGCUUUUCCAAACUGGACCAUCCCGUCUUGUGGUGAAAAAGUAAAGAAGAAAGAUAUGUUAAUGUACUUCCCCACAUUUGCUUCCGGAAGCAGCACACACCUGUGUCUGUAUGUUUAAAAGGUAGUGUCUAGAACGAUCCCUUGUUGCUUAGCUUAGCAAUGUGAGCACUGAAGUAUGUGUUUUCUUCAGUAAAUUUCUCUACAAUUUCAAGUAUUAUCAUGAUUGUUUAUAUGAAUGUAGAACACCUCGGUAUUUCCUUUUAUAUAUAAACUAUUUAAUAAAAAUGAAAGAUUGAAUGUUAAUGUGUGGGUUUAAGAAAAAGAAGCUUUAACACUAAUUUCCCAAAGGUGAGGGGGGACAGAUCAAAUUUAUGCCUUAUAAAAACCACACCGGAGAAAACAACCGUAUCCCAGGUGCGUUAAGAAUUAAGAACACCCAGGGUUGCUCACUCGUGCCCUAGCUCUCCAGGUUUAAUUGGGAGCUGGAAUAUCUUUUUAACCCCAGACAGCUCUUGAAUUGCUCAGACAGAACAAUUCUGCUGGUGCUGAAGUACCAAGAAUAUUUUCAUUUGCAUUUUCGUGGUUAAGGCGUCUAUGUAAGGUUAGCGGGAUGCAUAUUUUUUAUGUAAGUCGGGCAUGGCCCAUCUGGAAGAGGCCUUCUCUCCCUGUAGUUCUGUUGCCUUAUAUGCAAAACUCCCUUCCCUUAGAGAAGUUAUACUAAUCAGAGAGAUCUCUAAUAAUUCAGUGUCCUGAUGGCAUCCUAGGGGGGCAGACGGCAUCUCGUUUUUUUCUCAGUGAGAGCCGAAUCCUUAAGGAUUUAAGAAAUCCACUUUUAGCUUCCUGCCCCACCCCGGGCUUCCAAGCCCACCUUUGACCCUGAUUGAGGAUGGAAUGUCUCCCCUUUAGUACAAGACCUAUGGUAAAUGGCCUGCGACCUUCUGAAGCUUUAGUGAAGUCACUGGUGGUCUGAAAUAACCUGACCCGUCCUUCUUCCGUGUGGCAUUGGUAUUUUCUACCUCUCGCUAAGCUCUGUACUUCUCAACCAUGUGUCCACAGUUUGACCCUCUGCCUUAUAGACCAACACCAAGCAUUGCUGUUCUGUGUCAUCCCGAGGAAGCCGCAAAGGUUUUACCUCUUCCUUCUACUCUCUUCUUGUUUAAACACUCUGAGGUCCCAGAUAGGAGCUACCAAACGGAAACCAUUGUUCCCAUGUCUUAUGUCACAUUAUGAUAGCAGAUUGUAUGCAGUAGCUGAAUUGUGUUAGCAAAACCAUUUCGACUUCUGCCCAGAGCACAUUAAUACCAAAGCCUGAUCGUUAAGCCUUUGACUUGAAUGUCUGUAACAAUUCUAUGAAACAUUGUGUGGAAUGACAGGGUAAAGAACUUUCUAUAGAAAGCAUUUGAGGGGGCCUGUGAGACUGACUCAGCACGUAAAGGCACUUACUGUACAAGUCUGGCAGCCUUAGUGUGAUGAUCCCCAGGACCCACAGAAGAGGUGGAGGAGAGACCCGACCCCGUGGAGUUGACGUGUGUCACAGCAGAUAGCCAACUGAACAGCACUGAGUUUUCACAGUGGAGUGUUGAAGGUGAAUUGGUAGUCUUUGGCGUCUGUGAGUGACUGUCAUUUUAAACAGCUCAUGAAAUAUUGGUUCACUUAUUCCAUUUUAUGGAGACAUCAAGACGAACACAGUGGGAAUCUCGUUUCCAUUUCUAAGCAGCUGGGUGGUGCAGCUCAAUUCUUUAGCUCCCGUUUCUUCUUCCUUUCCUAUUAAAGCCUUAUCCACAUUCUGCUCACAGACAUGAGGAAGCAGGCUGUAGGUUUUUACGGCUCUCAGUGGGGAAACAAAUCUGCUGUACACAAUGUGAGGAUAAAUGCGGAGUUUUAGUAAUAUUGACUGUUAAAUAGACCUGCUCCGGAAGCUGACUCAAAGGAGACAGAAAAACAGCAGAAACAAAACCCCUAAAAAUAUACCACUGGAAUGGGCAUCACCUUGUGGUACCCGUUGUUUGCUAAUUCUUAGAUUUUCUUGUGGCGUGAUUUCUGUUGAUUUCAAGCUUUAUUGUAGGAUCCCACCAACAGCUGACCCAAAUGUCACCUUGGUAGUCACCUUAUUUGAACCAGGGACAGGAAUGAACAAAACAUGUUCCGGAACCAUGUGUAAUUUCUCCCCAUCACUGCCAGUGUCUGGAUGAGGGUUUCCCGAAAUACACUUGAUCUGGAGAUGCAGCCUUGUAUUCGAAUCUUAAAACUCGCUGCAGGAGGGUGGAGGCUGCUGCGUUCCUUCUGUCCUGUCUAACACCCCCUUCCAACAAGUUUGUCUGUGUAAGACUUGCUUAUUUUAUAAGGAAAGCAGAACUGUGGUAUUGCUGAGAAGAACUAAGGUGAAGGUUAAGUUUCUGAACUCUGACUUUCUCAAAUACAUAAUACCAAUCCCUGCUCCAUUUGAUAUGACGCUUUCAGCCUCUCUCAUCCUAGCUAUGCUAUUUCAAGUUAAUAGCUUAGGUUACAGAUGUUCUCCUGUCUAUAGAACCUGUAGUGUUCCUCUUUUCAGUACUCAUGACCCAAACUGCAGCGCAUCAUUAAGGAAUGAGCAUCUUCAGUAUAACAAAGGAGAAGAGCAGUUUCCUCCACAGGCCCUUGGGUACCUGAAGGAGGAUAUUCCCUCUCCUCAAAGCCUCCAGGGAGCUUCUUCCUGCAGUUCAUGCUCUGAUGCUAGGAUGCCAAUGGUACUAAUUAAACAGAUGCAGUCCCCCUCCCAGACACAAGGGGGAGUCUGGUACUAACUAACUAGAUGCAGUUCACUUCCAAGACACUAGGAUGAGUCUGGUACUUACUAAACAGAAGCAGUUCCCCCUCCCACUCGUGAGGGGGAGUCUGGGACUAACAAAAUAGAUGCAGUUCACUUCUAAGACACUAGCGGGAGUCUGGUACUAGCUAAACAGAUGCAGUGCACCUCUGAAACACUAGGGGGAGUCUGGGUACUAACUAAACAGAUGCAGUGCACCUCUGAGACACUAGGGGGAGUCUGGUACUAUACAGAUAUAAUGUACCUCAGACUCAGGAGGGAUCUGUAUUAAAUAGGUGGAGUUUCACCUUAGGAUAUCAAUACAGUUACCUACUCAGUAGCAAGAAUGCCUUAGCAGUUCCCCAGUCUUCCAGUGCAACUGGGGGGCUCGCUAAGGGAAAACUACAAAAACUGAGUCUUUUAAUGUUUACUUCAUUUAGGCUGAUGUUUUCCUCAUACCCUGUUUUUAACUACUUCCAAUCAAUCAUUUGCUCAGCCUUCUAGUACUGUCCUUCAUCUGCCCUUGUCAGAUUUAUGAUGAGAUGUUUUAUUCUACCCAAGCCAAACAUAGAGGCAAGGGUUACUGUGCUUUUUAAGGUAGGCUUACUGUGCACUACAAGCUCUGACUGUCUUCAGAUCCUCUUAGCUACCUAAGAGCGAUAAGUUGCUCUCGUGAUUUUAGGAAUAGCAGCUACAGUGUGUGGGCAGAAUUUAUCUGAAUGUCUUUAGUUUUGAUAUCAACAUCAGCAUAAAUCUAUUUUUGCUAGCAGAUUAAAGCUAUUUUCGCGCGCUCACUUUUCUGUGUUGUAUCGACCUGUGACUUGGAAUUUAUCUUUCUGUUGAAAGCCUACAUAUCGAACAAUAUCUGCAAAUCAUGAUGGUCUACUACAGUGCAAGCCGGUUUUAAGGACUGGUUUUAGGGGAUGUGGCCGUCAGAAAUGACUACUCAUUCAUUUCAUUCAUGAUUACUAUUAUUUUUUUUAAUCUUCCUCUGUUACCCCCAGAGGACAUGCUUUUGGGGGAAAAAAUUGAUACUUGUAAAUCUUCUAUGUGAUCUUUUGUAAAGUCUAAGUCCUACCUUGCUGCCCAUCCCUGUCUGGCUUCCCAGGAAGCCCCUUUCAGUCUGUUGUCCCUCCACCCCGGUGUGGCUCAUUGACUGGGAAUAAAGACUAUA